CUCUUCGGUCUUCGCCUGCAGAGGUUGCUCUGCAUCUCAUUAGGAGUUGCAAAAGGACAUUUGUAAAGCUCUCCCUGUCGAUCAGAGCUGUCAAUCACUUCGGCGGCAAGGCUUUGAUCUCUCCUAGUCUCCCUCCUUCCAGCCUGCUUUUUUUCUCUCUCUCUCUUUCCUCAGCUGCAUUACUCUCUGCCGUCUCCAACUAGUCUUCAUGGGCUCGCUUUAACUAGCUUCAGUCCCGAAAAAGCAGAAAGUAGGCGAGCAAACAGUUUGCUUUGAAACAGGCAGAGACCUCUUUCUGAAAAGUAACAAUUUACUGUAACAGCAAAAAAAAAGGACUGGCUUUUUUUAAAGAAAAAUUAUCAGUUCCCCCCUUCAAGAUUCUAGAUCUUUGCCCCCCCCCCCAUACACUGAAAAAGGAAAGGGGGAGGCAUUAUUAGAUUCCGCUGAAACUUCAGAUUUGCAGGGAUGCCGCAGCUCAACAGCGGUGGCGACCCGGAGCUCGGAGCCAACGACGAGAUGAUUUCGUUCAAGGACGAAGGGGAGCAGGAUGAUAAAAUCCUGGCGGAGAUCAGCGCCACCGAGGAGAGGGAUCUAGCCGACCUGAAGUCCUCACUGGUGAACGAGUCGGAGACUAACGCGGGCAGCGACAACAGCAGCAGCAAUAGCGGCGGUAAUAACCCGGCCGAACAGGAGGUAGGCAGACGGCCACAAGUUAGCGAGGAGCCCUUUCGGGACAAAGUGAGAACCAGCAUCGAGGAGGUAGGGAAGAGACAGGAUGCAGUGAUCUUCAAGGGUCCGGCUUACUGCCCCUACCAACCAGGCUAUGUCAUGGUGCCUAACAUGAACAACGACCCUUACCUGAACAACGGUUCCCUCUCACCUCCUGCCCCCAGAACGAUCCCUCCAAGGCCUCACAUAACUCUUCGGUUCUCCCAUCCGAUGGCCCAUGGGAACCCGAAUCCUCCUACCACUGGUAUCCCACACCCAGCCAUUGUGAACCACCAAAUCAAGCAAGAACCCAUUCACAACGAGAUUGAACACAUGGACAUAAAACCUCACCAGGAAACGAGGAAGGAACAAGAGGCCAAAAAGCCUCACAUCAAGAAGCCACUCAACGCCUUUAUGUUGUACAUGAAGGAGAUGAGAGCAAAUGUGGUGGCAGAGUGCACAUUGAAAGAGAGUGCAGCUAUCAAUCAAAUCCUUGGCAGGAGGUGGCACGCUUUGUCCCGUGAGGAGCAAGCGAAGUACUAUGAACUGGCUCGCAAGGAGCGGCAACUUCACAUGCAGCUGUACCCUGGCUGGUCUGCACGAGAUAACUAUGGAAAGAAGAAGAAGAGGAAACGUGAAAAGAUGCAGGAAACCACCUCAGGCCACUCACCAAAGCUCCUGCUCCUGCAGCCAGGAGAGCAGGAUGGGUUGGGGCACAGACUCCUCCGCGAUUGUCAGCAGCGCUGUUCCAUCAUCAGCCAGCAGAAGGCGCAAGCCAAGUGGUCCGAGUCCGACGAUGUCAGUUUUUUCCCUCCUCCACCGGAGAUGGAACGUCUCACUUCCAAGUGGUGCUCCAUAUAGCAGCCCACCUGAAAACUGACACACACAAGCACCAAAUACUUAACCAGAAUAAUUAAAAAAAAAACACUCGCCCAACUGAGGCCGUCCGCUCUUGAGUGACGGGAAGCUCCAGGACUCGGAAUUUUGGGACCUUUGUGUUUGGGGACUUGAUCGCUCAACAACUUGAGUGACAGGGCUGCUGUCAGGACUUGUUGUAUUAAUUUGAUCAUACUGUUGGACAUCACCGGUUCGGCUCCAGACUACCCCCCCCACCCACCCCUCCAACUUUCUCUCUUUCCCACUCAAAACAGGAGCCUCUCUCCACAUUGGUCGCGCUUUUGUUUUUGCGAUGUACCCUGUUCCCAGUUUUCAUUUAAACAGGGAGGAUAGUACCACCAGACUGCCCAUUCUCCAUCCGAGGAUUUGCUCUGCAUAUGUGCUGUAGGGAGGAAUUGAGAGUUGGGUCUUUUUUUUCCCAUUAAGGAAAUACUUUUUUUUGACGUAGACGCUCUAUUCCCAAGCGGCUUCUCAACUCCCUGCUGCAGUGCAUGUGCACAUUGCUUUAAGUAUUUGGAAGAAAUGCGACCUAAAUUGGGACGCUAAGACCAAUGUGUAAUAUAGGUCCCCAUGACCUUGUUUGGCGGAAAGGACAUUUGUACAGUUUCCCCACUUUGUGCGCUAUCACGCCCUGCCUCUGUUUGGUUCUGAUCCACUUGUGACCACUGAUGCACUUAAUGGGUUGACCACCAACAGAAUGGUGAUGCCAACAUCAAUGGUGAAUGGGACAUGCGCUUCGAAAGGGUGUUGAUUCAGAGCUCUACCCCUCCCCCAUCCUCCCAGAAGGUGCAUUGGUCUACACAGUGGGCUCACACCGUCAGGGCCGCAGUAUUACCCUACAAUCGAGGGCUUCUGGUCCAGGUUCUGCCACUCUAGGACACUGAGGCUCCUUCUUCAGAGCUGCUGCAGGAGAUUGUUUUAUUUAAAUAAGAUAAAGAGAGAAAAAAAAACUGGAACAAAAUAUUAAAUGGUGUUUUUUCAUUUAAUGAGUGUUUUGGUUGAACUGAUGGGACUAAUUUGUAGCAAAGAAAUACCUUUCACAUUGCAGACCACAGCAGGAAUUCUAAAGUAAGCUUUCUUGGGAGCUGUAUCGUGAUACUUAUUCCUUUUAAAGCAGAUUUGAAAUUUUAAAAAAUAAAGUCAAAAGCUGUUUUUUUUUUAA